AUGCUCCCUCUUCCUGCCGCUAUCACCUCUCAAUUAGAUAAGGCUAGCAUCAUAAGACUGACCAUUUCAUAUCUCAAAUUAAGGGACUUCUCAGGACACGGCGAACCGCCAUGGAGUAGGGAUGGACCGCCUACGAACAAAUCUUUAAAAGCUGGAAGAAGCAGAACGCAGGGUGGUUUAGCUAUGGAAAUAUUUGAACAACAUCAAGGGACACAUAUAUUACAGUCCUUAGAUGGGUUCGCCUUGGCUGUGGCUUCUGACGGUCGAUUUUUGUACAUUUCUGAAACAGUAUCAAUUUACUUAGGACUUUCACAGGUUGAGAUGACUGGAAGUAGUAUAUUUGACUACAUUCAUCAUCAGGAUCAUUCGGAAAUUGCCGAACAGUUAGGAUUAGGUCUUUCACAAAACCAAAAUUUGGCUUCACCGGAAAGCGGUUCGGAAGAGAGUACUUCCACGGCAGGAACAAAUAAUCCCGACGGUAAGUAG